CUGCUCCCCGGCCGGGGCCGAAAUCGACCUAGUGAGUCCCUCGCGGGCGAACCAGGCCACAACAGAUAGUAGGCGGGUGGUGUCCCAAAGUACAACUCACCGCCGCGCUGGCUUAGCGUGGCGGUGAGGAUGCACAGACGGUGGUAGUGGCGAGAGGUGUGUACGGACACUGUCUCCGCGGCAGUAAUGCAAAGCGGCAAACUACACCUGGCAACCACCAUCGCGGAAAGCGUGGCCCACGAAGCUGGAGGAGUAGAGAGAUUCGCAAACACCACGUCAGUAAGCACCGCUCGCGGGAGAAGGGAGACAACCGCGGGCACCGCGGGGAGGGAGUGCUGCACCCUCCUCGUCAAAACACCACAGGCAAGAACCGAGCUCUGCAGAGAUGGAUUGAUGCGAGGAAAUUCGCCGCUCGGAAAAUAUGGAAGAACGCACACCCACAACGCGAGGUGGACCGAGAGAGACACGAGACCGCAGCGGCCGUCAAGGCGGCUGCGAAGAAGAAGGCACGAGAGGGCGACCUAUCGUUCAGCACGUUCAACGCAGGAGGCGGAAGCGUCCGCGAAGCGCCAGCGCGCGAGGGAAGCAGAAGCAGAGAGUACGGCCAUCUCAGGACCGAAGAGAAAGAGAGUCGGGGAAGCGGCGGUGGGGGGGAAGAAACGGCGACCGGGCACUGCUGUAGAAGCGAGUAGGGCGGCCGAGGCAGCACUUGUGGCGAACUUUGUUCCCGGCUGAUGUUGUUGCGCCCUGUUUCCCUGCCUGCUGUAUGCUAUACUCCUUUAUGUAGCUAUGUCCUUUGUAUUGCCUUCGGCCUCUGUGCUUUGUUUCUUUUUUUCAUACCUCCCUGCCUACUCUGCUGUGUUGGGUACCUUGAUCUCGCCUUUGCUGUUGCCUUUGUUUUUGUACGUCUGGCUGUCUGCCCAUCUGCCAACUCUUUGUCCUGUUUGCUCCAGUACUUCCAUGCCCUGUUGCGUAGUGCCAGGUGCUGGUACGUUACCCUUUGAUUUUUUCUUUGGGCGGGUGUGGGAAGCGUCCUCCUUUAUUUUUGUUUUUCUCUUAUUUUGAUCGGUUUCCGAGGGUUCUUUUCUCGAACGGUCGGUGCGAUACCUGUUCUUU